GCCCCCUUCUGCAUCCGCCACUUGUUAACUCUUCCCUCAGACGAGAGAACUUGCACUUACCACAGCCCUCAUCCACGGUUCUGUCACCUUAUUGCAUUGCCUACAACACUUCUCCAAAUUUACGCCACAAUGUCCCUAACGUCUACUCAGUCUGCGCCGUCGCUUACCGACUUCAAUGCCUGUAUGGCCAAGGACCUCAAUGCUCCCACUGACUCGAACUCCGUCGGCGAGACCGCCGUGUCCGAAGACCAUGUCGCCACCGAGGAACGCCACAUUUCCUGCGACAAGUCCUACGAUCUUCCCAAAGAAUUUUCGCGCUAUGCUUUCGCCCAGAAGCCCAUCCGACACUCCACGACCAAUGAUCUCUUCCAGUGGCCACCUCCCCGCUCGUGUUCUCCCCCCUUCCGUUUUGAUCCCUUCGCUGAUAGCGAGGAACCACUCGCCACCCACUUCAUCCCAGCUCCGGUUCCAAAGAACUUCUAUGUUCCGCCUCGUCGACGCGAGUGGGUGCCGCUAAAGUCGGCCGAUGGCAGGUACAUCAAUGGCAUCGAUGUAUAUCGCAUUGCGGAUGAGCCUGUCAACUACCCGAGUCCGGUCGCGCGACCGAAGACAUCACACAGAGAGCCACUGUCGACACAGUGGCAUGCACCACAGUGUCCUCUGGCUCACUGUGCAACACCUGCGGUGUCGCAGCCGAGUAUGGCAAUGGCCCCAUCAUUCUAUGACGACGAGGAUGACUUCGACUUCAUCCUACACGCGCUCCGCCUCCCGUGGCUGGAGCCUGAGUGCAACCUCAUCAACCUCGAGGAGUCGACCCCGCCUUCCACACCAUCAUCCUUUCCCCUGCUCUCACCCUCAACGCUCGCAGAUGAGGACGAGGACUUACCAGUAUUGGAGAAGGAGCAAGCAUUGAGGGAAUGGCAGGAGGCAUCCCCUCUUGCCUGUGAUUCUAUAUACCUCACUGGGUGGUGAAUUGUUUUGUAGAACACUUGCACUCGAGAGCGAAGGACAUUGUACUUACGUAGUCUCGGUUUUCUUUUUCCUGAAUCACCUCGUCUUGUACUAUAUAGUUCCGUGAAUGGCAAAUGCCUUUGUACCGUGUU